AUGGACGUGGACGUGUCCCCACCCAAACGGAUGAAUGCCAACUCCUUGGGAUACUUUUUCGCACAUUUUUUGUUAUCGCGGAGUGAGAGUCAGGUGUUGCCCUAUGUUUACUAUCAAUUUAACGACAAAUGGAAGGCCAACCGAGCGAUACAGAGCCGGGAUGUGUGCACUCUCAUGGUAUGUCGAUUGUUUUCACUUGAAUACCCCAUUUAUUUUUAUAUUACACAUCAAAAUGUAGAUUUUUUGAAAAUUCCAGAAAAUCCGUCAUGAUGACACCUUUAAAACCGAUCCAUUUCCCAGUAAAGAUUGUAAAAAAGCUGUUGAGAACUCUCAAGGAUACUCUUGACAAAUUUUUAUUUUUAAAAUACGUGAUGGAUGCCCUUUUAUGGCUAGCGAUGACAUAUUUUCCGGACUUCCAUUAAGGAAAUUCGGGUCCAGGAACCGCAGCUUAUUUCAAGGUGAAACACAUGGUCUGAGCAUACAAAAACAACUACAAAGUGUCACAAGACCGACUCAAAACAUAGUAUUAGCAAGAGCGCACAUGUAUAAUAUAAUAAUAUAAUAUCUAGGCUACAACCCUGUCGAACUACAAAACGUCCUCGUAAAAAGAGUCGGGUCCUUUUUAAUGGACAUCUGUCUGGCUCGUAAAUCGCGUAAAUCUUCCACAAUUGCCUAAAAAUAAUCGCCUCAGGGUAAUGGGGAAUUUCCGGUUUUCGUGGCGGGACCCAAUUUAGAAGAGUAAAAGUUAUUAAAUUCGGAUUACUGAUUACUAUAAUUGCUGUUUAUAGUACAAUCAAUCUGUUUUCAGACGGUAAAUUACCGAUGGCGAGAAGUUUUGAGGCGAUUUAUGCGCUCGAUGCUCAGGGAAGACCAUGUGGAAUGUAAGUUCAAAAUCCGUAUUUUAGGAAACGGUUGUUCGAAAUAAAACGAUUGCGCUUUUACAGGGUACAAUUCUGAUCUCGUAACGAAAGCAUUGUGGUAUUGCGGGUACUCACUCGGUCGGGUUGUUUGGAAUGACAGUCACAAAGGUAAGUGCAAUACAAAAAGUGUCUCAUUUCAACAAAUUUUACUUUGAUUUUGACAUUUACAGCCUUAUUCUACCUCGUUAUCCUCAAAUGGGGUUCGAUUGAUCUCGUGGUGCCUUCCAAAGAAGUCGUAACUUAUAUGAAUUUGGGCCUGAUGCCCCUGAAGCCAUCUAUAAUAUUUGAUGGAUUCAAAAGGCCGCAUCCUCCAUUCGAUGGACUCGAUCGUAAGUAUCUUUCGUUCAAGACUAAUUAA